UCUCUACGGAUGCUCCCAUAAACCUCUUCUCAACCCUUCCUUUCGUUCUUCAGCUCUCAGCAGUCUCACUCACUGCUGUAACUAUGUCACUAUUCUAGACUUCGAGGAAUGACUCAUCAAAGCCUUCUCUCCAUUGGAUUUUCAUUUGCUGGAAUUUCUUCUCUUAAACCUUUCCUAUGGCUUCCAUUUCCCUCUCAAGUCUGUCUUUCUCUCGCUUAUCCGCACCUCACCCAACUUCUUCUUCCCCGACCAAACGCAGAAUCAGGAUAAAAAGCUUCCCCUCCAGGAGACCAUUCAGAAUCACGACCAGAACCCUUCCAUUGUUGAAUAGCAAAUGUCGAGCACUUAGCUUUCAGGGCUCUAAGCCUGUCGAUGACGACCAUCCCUCUCAACCGCAAACUACUAACUCGGAAGAGCGGAAACGACCAGCUUUAUCAUCUGGGAAUGUUCUCCGGGGCGAAAGAAGUAUAAUUCGGAGCAUUGCGAGACCUGUAGCAUAUGUAUUGUUCUGCAUUGUUGCUGGGUUUCUUCAGGCUCGUGGAUUGCCUGCAUCUGCAGUUGUUGCUCCUCCCGCUGCGGCGGAGGAAGCUAGGUUGGAGAAGAAGGGCAAAGAACUUGACGACGAUGAAUCUAAUUGGAAGGGGCACGAGUAUUCGGAUUAUACCAAAACUUUGCUCAAGGAAGUUUCUGGGCUGUUGACUUGCGUAGAGGAGGUAAGGAAGGGAAUUCGGGAUGUCGACGAAUUGACGGCGGCUUUGGUGGUGGUGAAGGAUAAGAAAGAGCACCUGCAGAAUGAAAUAAUGGAGAAGAUGUUUACGGAGCUGAAGGAGUUGAAGAGAGAGAAGGAGAGUCUGGGAGACCGGCUGGAUGAGAUUGUUGAUGAGGCUCAGAGGCUGAGGGGAGAGUACGAGGAUUUACGGGCGCUGAGUGAGAAAGAGAGGAUGGAUGAGUUGGGAACGAGAAUGGGAGAGGUAGAGGAGGAAUAUAGUGAAGCUUGGGAGAAGAUUGCGGAUAUUGAGAAUGCAAUUCUGAGGACAGAGACAAUGGCGAUGAGUUUUGGGGUAAGGGAGCUUUGUUUUAUUGACAGGGAGUGUGAAGAGCUGGUGAAGACGAUUAUACAGGAAAUGAGGCAACGUCCAGAUAGUUUGCAAAGUAGCUCUAUUACCAAGCUUUCAAGGUCUAAAAUUCAGAAAGAACUCGAAAUUGCACAGAGGAAGCUUCUGGAACAAAUGAUUCUGCCUCAAGUUGUGGAAGUUGAAGGUGUUGGUCCUUUAUUUGGUAAUGACUUGUUAGAUUUUGCUGAACAUGUGAAACAAGGCCUUACCCAGUCGAGGAAGCUACAGAGGUCUCUGGAGGCAAGAAUAAGAAAAACAAUGAGGAGGUUUGGUGAUGAGAAGCAUUUAGUGGUGAAGACAUCAGAAGAUGAAGUUGUGAAGGGUUUCCCAGAACUUGAAUCGAAGUGGAUGUUUGGAAAAAAGGAGGUCGUUGUUCCGAAAGCCAUACGCCUCCGUUUGUACCAUGGUUGGAAGAAAUGGCGUGAAGAGGCCAAGGCAGACCUGAAAAGGAAGUUGCUGGAGGAUGUCGACUUUGGAAAACGUUAUGUGGCUGAGAAACAGGAACGUAUUCUUUUGGAUCGAGAUAGAGUAAUCUCAAAGACUUGGUACAAUGAAGAUAAAAAACAGUGGGAAAUGGACCCUGUAGCAGUUCCAUAUGCUGUCUCAAAGAAACUAGUCGAGCAUGCUCGAAUCAGGCAUGAUUGGGGUGCCAUGUACAUUGCCCUGAAAGGAGAUGAAAAGGAAUAUUACAUCGAUGUCAAGGAAUUUGAGAUGCUAUAUCAAGAUUUCGGAGGGUUUGAUGGGCUGUAUAUGAAAAUGCUUGCCUGCGACAUUCCAACUACUGUACAUUUGAUGUGGAUCCCUUUAUCAGAGUUGGAUUUCCAUCAACAAUUUCUUUUGGCAGCAAGACUGGCUCGCCAAUGCUUUGUUGCACUCUGGAAGAGUAGAAACAUAUCCAGUGUGAGAGAGUGGCUAUCAGAGAAAAUUCACAAUAUCAACGAUGACAUAAUGAUGGCAAUUAUUUUUCCACUGAUAGAGUUCGUCAUUCCUUACCCGGUAAGGAUCCGCUUGGGGAUGGCUUGGCCAGAGGAAAUAGACCAAACUGCUGGCUCAACUUGGUACUUGAAAUGGCAGUCUGAGGCGGAAAUGAAUUCCAAGUCCAGGAAUACUGAGGAUUUUCAGUGGUAUUUUUGGUUUUGCAUUAGAACUGUUAUAUAUGGAUACGUUCUGCUCCAUCUUUUCCGCUUUUUGAGAAGGAAACUUCCUGGGCUUCUUGGCUUUGGACCAUUACGAAGAAAUCCAAAUUUGUGGAAGUUGCGGAGAGUGAGAGCCUAUGUUCAUUCGAAAAUAAGGAGAAUUAAAGACAAGAAAAAGGCUGGAGUGGAUCCUAUUAGAACUGCUUUUGACCAAAUGAAGAGGGUGAAGAAUCCUCCAAUUCCCUUGAAGAGAUUUGCCAGCAUUGAGUCUAUGAGAGAAGAAAUUAAUGAAGUAGUAGCUUUUCUGAGAAAUCCUGCUGCAUUCCAGGAAAUGGGUGCCCGUGCUCCUCGGGGAGUUCUUAUUGUUGGGGAUAGGGGAACUGGUAAAACAUCAUUAGCUCUGGCUAUUGCUGCUGAAGCUAGGGUGCCUGUUGUUCAAGUUGAGGCCCAGCAACUAGAGGCUGGACUAUGGGUUGGCCAAAGCGCAUCAAAUGUCCGAGAACUGUUUCAAACAGCUAGAGAUUUGGUUGCACCAGUAAUCAUCUUCGUAGAGGAUUUUGACCUUUUUGCCGGUGUUCGUGGCAAGUUUAUACACACCAAGAAACAGGAUCACGAGGCUUUCAUUAAUCAGCUUCUGGUGGAACUUGACGGGUUUGAGAAACAAGAUGGGGUGGUUUUGAUGGCGACAACUAGAAACAUCAAGCAAAUCGAUGAAGCAUUGCAGAGGCCUGGUCGAAUGGAUAGAGUGUUUUAUCUACAACGGCCAACUCAAGCAGAAAGAGAGAAGAUCUUACACACUGCUGCAAAGGAAACUAUGGAUGAAGAACUCAUUGACUUUGUGGACUGGAGUAAGGUUGCUGAGAAGACAGCCCUUCUACGGCCAACAGAAUUGAAACUUGUCCCUGUUGCUCUUGAAGGUAGCGCCUUCAGAAACAAGUUUCUGGACACAGAUGAACUAAUGAGCUAUUGUAGUUGGUUUGCGACAUUCAGUACAAUUACUCCUCAAUGGGUUAGAAAAACCGCAAUUGUUAAGAAGAUGUCCAGAAUGCUUGUGAAUCAUUUAGGACUUGAAUUGACGAGGGAGGAUCUGCAGAGUGUUGUUGAGCUAAUGGAGCCAUAUGGUCAGAUAAGCAAUGGAAUGGAGCUUUUGAAUCCUCCAAUUGAUUGGACGAAGGAUACCAAGUUCCCACAUGCUGUUUGGGCUGCUGGUCGUGGUCUUAUGGCGGCUUUGUUACCCAACUUUGAUGCUGUGGAUAAUUUGUGGCUGGAGCCGUCUUCCUGGCAGGGUAUUGGAUGCACAAAAAUCAGCAAAGCCAGAAAUGAGGGUUCCCUGAGCGGGAGCAUGGAGUCCAGAACAUACCUUGAGAAGAAGCUUGUAUUUUGUUUUGGUUCUUACAUGGCGUCCCGACUGCUACUUCCAUUAGGGGAAGAAAAUUUUCUCUCUGCUUCUGAACUGAAACAAGCUCAAGAGAUCGCUACAAGGAUGGUGAUCCAGUAUGGUUGGGGGCCUGAUGACAGUCCCGCAGUUUACUAUACAACCAAUGCGGUUACUUCUUUAAGCAUGGGCAAUGAUCAUGAGCACGUGAUGGCAGCUAAAGUUGAAAAGAUGUAUGAUCUUGCAUAUUUGAAGGCAAAGGAGAUGCUGCAGCAGAAUCGUCAAGUUCUUGAGAAGAUUGUUGAUGAAUUACUUGAAUUUGAGAUCUUGACUGGCAAGGAUUUAGAAAGGAUAAUUGAAGAGAAUGGUGGGAUUCGGGAGAAAGAGCCCUUUUCCCUUUUAGAGGCUUAUCUUAGAGAGCCUGUGUCUAGCAGCUUUCUUGAAGUUAGCAAUGGGCCUGGACCUGCUCUGUUAGGUUCUUCCUAGGAUGAAGAGAGCACCCAAUUUUCUGGACUAUGAAGGUUGUGCAAGUUACUGCUCAUCGCAACUAUAUAAGAUCUCCUCUCUUUAUAUUCACGCAGAAGAUGAAACAAACUUGUUCUUGAAGCAUUGGAUAUUGUAAAUACUACAUCAUGUUAUGCUGCACUAGAUGGUGGAUCAAAUUACAUAUCUGAAAAAACAUAGCGGCAUUUACUGGCAGCCAUAAGAGGUAACAAUUGGGUGAGAGAAUGAUUUACAGAAACUAGAGUUGACAGAAAAUACAGCAGCAAGAGGUGAUUCUUGCACCUACAGGAGGCCGAUAACAGGUGAGUUGCUAAAAACUGGUUUAUCUUUCGUAGAGUUAUGUGUUCCAUUUUGACAAAUGCUUUUCCUUCUUGGCUUUGCCUCUCCAAGCAUUGUUAUGACAUCCCUCAUGGAUGGUCGCUCCUUAGGGAGCUUUGCUGUGCAAAGAAUCGCAAUUCGUAGUACCAGAAGCAUCUCUUCCUGCACAAGUUUGCAUUGUCCUACUAUGCUAGUGUCAAGUGCUUCUUCCAAUGGUUUAUUGUUUCUCAUCUUGGUUCUGAUCCACUCCACAAUAUCAACAGAUUCUCCGAAUGUAGGUUCUAGAGGCAUUUUCCCAGUCAGGAGUUCCAAAAGCACAACUCCGAAGCUGUAUAUGUCGCUCUUCUCAUCGACCUUCAGAGUGUAUCCGUAUUCUGGUGCAAUAUAGCCGUAAGAUCCAGCCACCAUCGACACUGUCUCAUUCUUAUGAGCCAUUACUCUUGCCAACCCGAAGUCUGCUAUUCUCGCCUCAAGAUUAGCAUUGAGCAGGAUAUUGUUAGACUUGAUGUCGCGGUGGAUGAUUUGAGGGUGACAAUCAUGAUGGAGGUACCCUAGCAGCCUCACAAUGUUUCGGUGCCGGAGCCUCCCGAGGAGGCUAACCUCUCCAAACAGAUCAUCAUCACCAUUUUCAAUGUCUGGUUCAGUUCUCCAGAGCUUCUUCACUGCCACUACUCCAUGUGGCCUGUGAACUUCAGCUUUGUAAACGAUACCUGAUCCACCCAUGCCGACAAUGUUUGUUUCUUUUAUACUUGCGAGAAUGUCAUUGCUGGUGAAGCUCAGCCUCUGGAAUGCCACUAAUGUCCAUGGCCAUUCUCUGCUGCUUUUGUUGAAGUAAUCAUCAACAAAACUGUUGCACAGGUACCACCUUCUGUAAACCCAUCUCCCUGUGAAGAAUGUCAUGCCAAGACAUAGAAUUACCGUGAUUCCAACAAGGAGUCCGAAGAGAAUGUGGUGGAUGUGGAGAUUUUGCGGUUUCCUUGAGGUUGAAGGCAUUGAAGGACACGGCAGAAGCACGCCGCCACAAAGGCCAGGGUUGCCUAUGAGGUCACUAGGGUUUAUUGCAGCAAACAAACCGUUGGAGGGAACUGGACCUUGGAGCUGGUUGUGUGAUACAUUGAUCAUUUCCAGGGCAGGCGAGCUUCCAAGGCUUGGUGGGAUAUGACCGGUCAGAGAAUUAUUUGACAGGUCAAGAAUGGCUAAAGUGCGCAUUGUGGCGAUUGCAUGUGGGAUUUCUCCACUGAACUGGUUUCCCCUGAGCUUCAAAGUCACCAGCUUUUCACACGAAGCAAUGCUUUGCGGGAGGUUUCCAGAGAAAUGGUUGGCGGAGAGAUCAAGGACCGAAAGGGAUGGGCAGUCCUGGAAUUGGUCUGGUAUCUUGCCCUGGAAGCUGUUGCCGGAGGCCAUGAAUGUCUGAAGUGUCGGAACGGAGAGGAUGUUGUAAGGAAGAGAGGAAUCGAGAUGGUUUCCAGAGACAUCAAAGAAGUUGAGUGAAGUGGAUAAAGAAAGGUCGUCCGGAAUUUCACCAGUGAGGUUGUUUUGGGCCAAUUCCAGUCGCUGAAGCUGUGGGAGGGUACCAAACCCAACUGGAAUUGCCCAAGAGAGAAGAUUGUUGUGCAUCCUGACUCGAACCAGUGACUUGCAAGUCGAGAGGCUCAUUGGGAUGGAACCAGAGAAUGCGUUGUUGAAGAGUAUGAGCUUGGUGAGAUUCCCUGACUCACAUAGACCGAGCGGAAUCUCACCGGACAACGAGUUAGACGACACAUCUAGCCACUGCAGAGGCGAGUUAUGCCCGAGAUUCAUUGGCAAUGAACCUGUGAAAGAGUUCUUCCACAGCUCGAGUACCUGCAAUUUAGUCAGGUUCCCGAGCUGGCUUGGGACUGGACCAGUGAGCUGGUUUCGCAUCACAUUCAACAGCUCCAGAUUCUUGAGCCCAGCGAUCUCCACAGGUAGCUCUCCUGAAAUCUGGUUAUCAGAUAGAUCCAACAUUGUGAGUGAUUGAAUGCUGCCAAGUUCUGGUGGGAUCUUCCCGGUGAAAUUGUUCCCGUACAGAAACACAGUUGUAAGUUUCUCCAGCUUGCCUAAUUCAGCUGGAAUCUGACCGCUGAGACUGCCAACAGCUAAAUCUAGAUACUGAAGAUUGGUAAGAUUGCCAAUCUCUGCAGGGAUUUCGCCUUCAAACUCAUUGUAACCCAAGAUUAUCGUCUCCAGAGAAGACAGCUGGUCAAUCUCCUUCGGGAUGUUUCCAGUCAGGUUAUUACCAGAAAGGCCAAGAAACUUGAGCUUCUGCAGAUUCCUGAAAGAUCCAGGAAUCGACCCUUCGAAGAAGCUCCCUCGAAAAUCCAGGCUUUGCAGCAAUGUUGCAUUGCCGAGAUCCGCUGGGAGAAACCCUGAGAAGUUGUUGCUAGAAGCAUUGACCAAGGUCAACCCUGGAGCCAUUCCAAGGCCAGUAGGGAACUUGCCAAUGAAGUUGUUCAUACUGAAGUCAACAGUCCUCAGUGAAGUGAGAUUCCCCAAAGUUUCCGGCAAGGCUGAGGUGAACCCAUUGUUGAAGACAGAGAGGUAAGAUAGACUCCUCAGCUCUUGAAUGUGAUCCGAGAUGCUGCCACUGAGGUUCAUGUUCGAAAGGUCAAGCUUCUCCACAAGACCAUUGGCAUUGCAACUUAAACCGGUCCAGUUGCAGUGGCUCCCAGAAUCCAACCUCCAAUCAGCGAGCUGGUUCGAUGAAUCGACCAGGCUCGAUUUCAUUGCGAGAAGAGCCGACACCUCCACCUCCACCACAUUGUGCUGGACACCCAGUGCUCCAUGGGUUAUUACAAUGGCUAGCGAGCAGCAGCCAAUGAAACAGUAGUGGAAGAAGACCAGCAACUUGGUGGCUUCCAUUUCUGGGUUGUCUCUCUCGCUUUCUUACUUGAGAUGGGUUCUGGGUUGUUUUUGCUUCUAGUUCUCAGGCAUUGCCGAAAAGGGAAGGUCGGCAAAGGACCAGAAGAAGGCGACAGGAAGCGAAUGGAAGGUGCUCUUUGAGAGAAGAAAUGGGAGGGAGUUAUUUCAAGACAGACAAUGUUAGAGAACAGAUAGAAUUAUACUGCAAGAAUGUGGUGAUUGGGUGAUUAGUUUAGUUUACGUGGGUUCUUGGGAUCUUAAACAGCUAAGCUAAUGAAGUGGUUCAAUCAGUGAACUGUAAAGCCAUUUGGAGGUAUUGGAAAUGUAGGGGACAUUCAAACAUGGGAGGGGAAUGUGUUCCUUAUUAUCAUUUUAAAAAUUUUGCAGCCCAAGUUUCAUUUGGCUGAUUAUAAAAUCUUUGCAGGGAUGAUGGUCAGGUCAAACCUGUGGAGGUGAACUUUUGUACCCUCAUUCCUUGUUAUUUAUUUAUUACCUUUCACUGACCAAUUGGGAUUUGCAUUUCUGUCAGUUCUCUGACUUCUGUU